AUGGCGAAGCCGGAGCAAGACUGCAAGACCGCAGCGGCGCUCAUCCGCGCUGGCUCGUUGAUCGAGGGCGUCGAAUCGGCGGGCAAAGACUUCUUCGUUUGGACGACGCAAGGCCCCGCCGUAAAGAAAGAUCCCGAUCUCCUCUUCAGUCUGUGCCGCGUCUUGCCUGGAAGCACACAACAAACCUUGAAACUCCAGCAGGUUGAACCGACCGCCGAGGCAGGGGAACUGACGGUCCAAGCGAAAGACGCGUGGCAGUCCAACUACGGCAUCAAUCCUCUGACUUACGGCGACAUUGGCGGACUUCCCCACACGAACGAACCGUGCGUGCUGGACUUCCUGGCGCAGCGCUACCAGAACCAUGUGAUCUACACGACUGCAGAGCCGCUGAUCGUGGCCGUGAAUCCGUUCGAGGACUUGAAAAACGCGGGACCGGAGACGAUAGCCCUCUACAGAGACGCCGCCGACGUGGACAAACUCCCGCCGCACGUGUUCUACGCGAGUCGCCGCGCCAUGGGGAACCUGCAUCAGCUGAAGAAGCCGCAGACGAUCAUUGUCAGCGGCGAGAGUGGAGCUGGGAAGACAGAGACGACGAAGAUGCUGAUGAAGUACCUCGCGACCAGCGGCGGCGGCAACCUCGAUCUGAAGAUUCAGACUGCGAUCAUGGCGGCGAACCCCGUGCUCGAGGCGUUCGGGAACGCCAAGACGGUCCGAAACAACAACAGCAGUCGCUUCGGCAGAUUCAUGCUGCUCGACGUGGCGCGAGAGGGCGGCAUUCAGCACGGCAAAGUCGUCGCCUUCCUCCUGGAGAAGAGCCGAAUUGUCAGCCAAGACAAAGACGAGCGAAGUUACCACAUCUUCUACCAGUUCUUGAAGGGAGCGCCUGACCACAUGCGCCACAGAUACAUGCUUCAGCCUCUCGACAAAUACACCUUCAUCAACCCUCACUGCCUCGACGCACCAGGAAUCAACGACACGGAAGACUUUGAACAGACGGUCAAGUCGUUCGAGUCCAUGAACUUGACGGAAGCGGAAACCUGCACGAUCUGGUCCCUGGUGUCAGGCGUUCUUCUCAUGGGAAAUGCGAAGCCCACUGGCAAAACCGAGGGCGGUGUCGAGAACGCCGCGUCCUUCGUUGGCGACUCCGAAGCGGCUCUGCGGAACGCAUGCACUUUGCUCUUCCUCGACUAUCCCAGCGUUCUGCACGAGCUAACAGUGAAGACAACCUACGCGGGGAACAACAAGAUCGAGAGCCGAUGGACAGUCCCCGAUUCCGAGAUGCUUCGCGGAUCGCUGGCGAAGGGAAUCUACGAGCAGUUAUUUUUGUGGAUCAUUCGCAAGCUGAAUGCCGACAUUGAACCGAAGGGUGGAUCGUUUGACGUCUUCAUGGGUCUGCUAGAUAUCUUCGGUUUCGAAGUCUUCCAAAACAACUCUCUCGAGCAGUUGUUCAUUAACAUUACGAACGAAGUUCUUCAGAGAAAUUUCACGGAGAUUGUCUUCGAGAAGGAACUCCAGCUUUACAGCAAAGAAGGCAUUUCAGCGAAGAAAAUCGAGUAUACCACAAACGAAAAGCUGAUUGACACGCUUCUGGGUAAAGGUUCCUCUGUCUUGGCCGCUUUGGAGGAUCAGUGCAUUUCUCCCUCUGGAACCGACGAGAAGUUUGUCUCGAGUUUGGCCAGCAAACUUUCCGGCAACAAGUCCUAUAUCCCCUCGAAAAACACCAAGAGCUUCGAGUUCACCAUUGUGCACACCAUUGGCAAGGUCAUUUACAACGCCGACGGCUUCAGCUUUAAGAACAAAGACGUCUUGCGCCCUGAAAUCAUCGAAAUCACCAGGGCGUCGACCAACGAGGUGGUUCGCGUGUUGUUUGAGGGUAUCAAAGUUGAGAAGGGGAAGAUGGCGAAGGGAAUGCUCAUCGGGAGUCAGUUCAUGACUCAGUUGAAGAACCUCAUGGAGGAGUUCGUUGCUCAGUUCCGCUUCAUCAACCUUAGCGUGUCCAACAAGGCUGGCGUCGAUGCCAAGACCACCUGCCUCGAGCUCUUGAAGAGCACGAGUCUCUCGGCAGAUGAAUACGCGCUGGGAAACACCAUGGUGUUCCUGAAGCCGCAAGCUGCGAAGAUGCUCGUGCGUCUCCAGCGGGAAGCGCUGUCCGCCUGGGAACCUCUCGUGGGCGUCUUCGAGAGCGUGACUGUCUUCAGGCGCGCGAGGAAGUCGUCAGCGGACCGCGCAGUUCCGGCAACUCGAAUCUGCGCGAAUGUGCGCCGCAAGCUUCUCCAGGCUGGCGUCAAGGUCAGCGCGUAG